UCCCUCUCUUGCCUCCUCCCGUCAUGUGUGCCAUCUUAGGCCUUCACGGUAUUCAACAUCCCGCGGGAUGCAGAGCGCGUAUGAUCGCGCUCUCCAAGAAGUUGCGCCAUCGCGGACCUGAUUGGUCUGGCUGCUAUGUGGGGAAGGAGACCGUUCUUGUGCACGAGCGCUUGGCUAUUGUCGGUGUUGACACCGGCGCGCAGCCGCUCGUCAGCGACGACGGGAAGCUUAUCCUCGCCGUCAACGGUGAGAUCUACAACCAUCUCGCCUUGAAGAAGGACCUCCCGGACGCGAAGUUCAAGACACAUUCUGACUGCGAGGUCAUCCUUCCCUUGUACAAGAAGCAUGACAAGGACCUCUGCAACAUGCUCGACGGCAUGUUCUCCUUCAUACUCCUUGACGAGUCCGUCACCCCUUCCCGCGUCAUCGCUGCGCGCGAUCCUAUCGGCAUCACCACCCUCUAUCAGGGCUGGAGCUCCAAACAGCCCGGCGCGACCUGGUUUUCGUCCGAGCUCAAGGCCCUCGUCGAGGACUGCGACAAGAUCAUUUCCUUCCCUCCCGGCCACGUCUUCGACUCCCGCGACAACACCACUGUCCGCUACUUCAACCCAUCCUGGUGGGACGGUGACCUCGAGGGCGGCCGUAUCCCUCGCAACCCCGUUGACCUGACCGCGCUACGGGAAGGUCUCGAGGCUGCUGUUCGCAAGCGCCUGAUGUCCGAGGUCCCCUACGGUGUCCUUCUCAGUGGUGGUCUUGACAGCAGUCUUAUCGCGGCUAUUGCUGCCCGUGAGACGGAGAAGGUUGCGCAGGCACAGUACGAGCUUCGCCAGCGGAGGCUGCAGGAGAUCGCGAGCGGCCCAUCAACACCGACAAUGAAGAUGCUCGCUGAAGAAGCCUCCUUGGCGGCCUGGCCACGGUUACACUCCUUCUCUAUCGGUCUCGAGAACUCCCCCGAUCUUCUCGCCGCAAGAAAAGUCGCCGCGUACCUCGGCACGGUGCACCACGAAUACGUCUUCACUGUGCAGGAGGGUCUCGACGCGAUCCCCGAUGUGAUCUAUCACCUUGAGACCUACGACGUGACGACGGUCCGCGCGAGCACACCGAUGUACCUCUUGAGCCGGAAAAUCAAGGCGAUGGGUGUCAAGAUGGUGCUCAGUGGCGAGGGCAGUGAUGAGGUGUUUGGCGGAUACCUCUACUUCCACGCUGCGCCGGACGAUGUCGCUUUCCACCAGGAGAGUGUGCGCCGCGUGAAGAACUUGCAUACAUCUGACUGCUUGCGCGCCAACAAGUCAACAAUGGCUUGGGGCUUGGAAGCACGCGUCCCCUUCCUGGACAAGUCUUUCCUCGACAUCGCGAUGAAUGUCGACCCGAAAGAGAAGAUGUUCAGCAAGGGCUCGCAACAGCAGGUUGACGAGGACGGCUGCCCGAAGAUGGAGAAGUACAUCAUCCGGAAAGCCUUCGACUGCGCACCUGAUGGCAAGCCAUAUCUGCCUAAGUCCAUCCUCUGGCGCCAAAAGGAGCAGUUCUCCGAUGGUGUUGGCUACUCUUGGAUCGAUGGCAUUAAAGACCACGCUGCCGACGUUGUCUCCGAUGAAGCCUUCGCCAAGCGCUCCGAGCGCUGGACAACAGAUGUUCCGGAUACGAAGGAGGCCUACUACAUUCGCGAGAUCUUCGACGGCCUGUUCCCAACGGAGGCGGCUGCGAGCACGGCCGUCCGGUGGAUACCGCGUGGUGAUUGGGGUUGCGCGCCUGACCCCAGUGGUCGCGCUGUGGCCAUCCACAACGCGGCGUACGAGGGUGAGGCAUGAAGAGCAGGUGUACUACAUACUAUAGAGGAAUCUGUACUUUACCUGUGAACUAGCCAUGUAUCACUACUGUUGUACGAGCUAGUAGAGGACACAAACCCUGCUGUCAGGGAUACCGAGCUUGCAAUAGCAGUUGUUUGUGAAGGGA